AUGACGCCGCCGACUGAUGCACCAGAAUCAGCUCGAACACGAAGAGGAUCUGGUUACCCUUGGAUGCUUUGGGAAAGAGAAAUUGAUUUGCUACCAAUGCGGACUGACGAAGAAUUUCGUAUGGUUGCCGGAAGAAUUGCUGGACGGGGUGCAACAGCAAAGCAAAAAGCAAAAUAUGGAAUUAAAGGACUAUCAAUAUUAAGCAGACUGUCGUCGAUCGAUUUCCCAAGGAGCUUUCCACCUGACGCUAUGCACCUGUGGUUUGAAAACAUAGUGCCAGAUCUUGUUAAGCAUUGGAGGGGAAAGUUUGUGUGCGAUCUACCUAGUGCACCGAGGUGCAGACAACAACACCGGGCACCGACGGGAAUGCCAGAUGAUAGAGGUUCCGAUGAAGAAGACGAAGAAGACGAAGAAGAGGAAGAAGAGGAAGAAGACGAAGAAGACGAAGAAGAUGAAGAAGAGGAAGAAGAGGAAAAAGACGAAGAAGAGGAAGAGCUGGCAGACGAUGAGAAUAGCGACGAGGAAAGACCAAGAAGAUCUAGAGGCAGUUUUUCCCGGACCCCCGCAGCCAGGCGAGCUCCUCGACGAAGAUUUCAUAGCGUCUCUUCUGCUAGUAAUGCCGCACCUGUUAUACCUCCAAAUGGCAGCCGUAUUGAUGGUCAUAUCAGACUUACAGUAGGCCAGGCAAUGGCAAAGGCUAUCCAGAAUGACGAUCCUUACAAUAUACCACUAAAGGAAUGGGAGAAAAUGAGCGCGGAUAUUGCUUCCAGCGCAUCAAAUUUCCCACAGCUCUUCGGUCCCAUAUUACGGAAUUUCAUUGAAUAUAUAAACAUGAUGACUGCAGCGGAGUGGCAAUUAUUUGCUUUUCUUAUUGGGCCAGUUUACCUCAAAGGGCUCCUCCCAGAAGAGGAUUAUAUUGAGUUUAUCAGCUUGAUAGAGACGAUUCAAAUAACAUGCGACCAUUCAAUCAGCACAGAAGAUCUCGAGGAAUCACAGCGUAAUAUUCAAAGGUUCAGCGAGUAUUAUGAGAGGCGCUAUUACCGCAUGCAAUGGACACGACUAAAAACCUGUUUGCCGGUAUUCCACCAAAUUAUCCACGUUCCGCAGGCAUUAAAAUGGGCUGGACCGAUGUUUUCAUAUUCUCAAUGGGCAAUGGAGCGUUUCUGUGGGACACUAGCUAAAACAGCGAAGUCUAGGGUCUCAACAAAUCAGAAUAUUGCUAAUACUAUUACGAUGUUGGAGCAGAAGAACGCUUUAGUAUAUGUUAUUGACCACGAAAACAUCGCUAUGCAAUCAAGCGACGAAGACUCUGACGGCAAUAUACGAUUGUCAAAGUUCCUAUCCCGUCGGAUAAAGGCUUCUCGACCACCGGAUGCACAAUCACAGACAGGCCAAUUGCAAGUUGAAAAUAAUUAUAAAAUUACGUUCUGUGGUCCUUCAAAGAUCAAACCACUGACCCCCUAUCAAAGGAUGAUCCUGAAGAACUUUCUGGCGCAUGAAAAUAAUAUGCAGGAAAGCAAUGUAGCCUUGCUAGACAUUGAGGAUAUCCAUCUCGACGAGCAGGCCGACGGCUUUGAUAUCCCAACACAUUGCCGUGUAUUCCGGGCAGCGCACUUUGAGACAAAACACCGAGAUCCAUAUCCGUUCAAAGCAACUUCUUCAACCAUGAAGAGAUCGAACCUGACACGUUCUACUUCCAACGUAUUAUUUAGAGUUGCUCCGAGACUAAACGUCAACCAAUACGGAGAGUUACAGGUGUGGAAGCUGUUGAUGAACUGGUACAGUUGA